CACAUACACGCACUCGUUCGUCAUCAGUCGUAGUGUUCCCCCCGCCACCCACUUCGCCCACCCCUUCGGCCCAUCGAACCAUUGUGACAUUUGAUUUAUUUGACGUGUGUGUUUUUGAUAGAAGCUCAACACGAAACUGACACACACACGCGGACACACACAGGCACAGUCGCCAAAGAAUUUAUUUAGUGAACGAAAAUAAAAUCAGAAACCAGAGUUCUUUUCGCGUAUGUUUGAAGUGAAGUGUGACGAAAGAGCGAAGGGAGGCAGGGAAAUACUCGUACUCGAAGCACGCCGAGAACAAGUCCCUCGCUAUCAAUGAACAGCCGGAAUUAAUUGCCAAACAGCCCAGUAAUCUAACCUUAGGAUUGGGAACUAUCCCCGAAUAUUCCAUCAAAAUGAUGCUCCACGAGGCUGUCAUGCUGGAAAUCUACCGCCAGGCGUUGAGUGCGAGUGAGUUGGCCAGUCCGCGAUGCCAGUCCCGGGAGUCCAACACCUCGGCUGGAGCCGGAACAGGAUCUGGCGACGUGCGAUGCCCGUCGAAUGAGUCGCAUUGCUCGGCCAACGAUCGCCUAACCCCGGCUGCCACGCCCACCCCCACAGCAACGCCCAUAUCCCCGCACUCAGUGGGCCUUCCGCUGGCGGCGACACUUCCACCUGCGGCGGCUGCCGCUCUGCUGCCACCCCAAUCCGCCGCCAUGGCAGCUUACCUGGCCGCCGCCCAACAGAAUCACCUGCUGCUGACAAAUCCCUUGGCAGCAGCAGCUUCGCUGGUCCAACAGGCGACGCAGCAGGCGGCGGAAGAGGGGGAGUCCCCGGCCCUGGAUUUCAGCAGAAAGCGCCCUACGAGCGAUGUGGAGGAGGAGGAGGAAGAGGAGCAGGAACAGGACCAAGAGCCCGAGCAGGAUGCCCAAGGCGACACUGGACCUUUAGAUCUGUCCGUCAGCACAAGGAAACGAGAAGGACCGGAUUCCCCGCCAGCCAGGAAGAUUCCAAGAGGUAUGUCCUCCGACUACAAGUCGCCCCUUCCCCCUGGUAGCUGGAUGCCGCCCAUCAAUCCCUACUUGGCGGCUGUGGCGGCGAAGACGGGAGGAUUGGGUAACUCCAAAUGUGCACCCAGCGACGCCAGCAAGGCACUGGAGAAGAUGAGUGAGAUGAGUCGACUGGAAACACCGACUCCAGUGGCCAGGGGCUCCUCAGGCGUAUCGGCCUCUCUAGGAUCAGGAGUGUCGGGAGCAGGAGUCCCCAGCUCCGGUGGCCGGCACAGCGCCUGGCAGUCCCAUUGGUUGAACAAAGGAGCUGACGCCGCCAAGGAUGUCUUCAAGUGCGUGUGGUGCAAGCAGAGCUUCUCCACGCUGGCCAGCCUGACCACCCACAUGAAGGAGACUCAGCACUGCGGAGUACAGAUACCCUCCCCCUCGUCAGCCGGAGGAGCAGGUGCUCCCAGUGCCCCUCCACCCUCCAGGUUGCCCACUUCCGCCUCCAACUCGGCCUGCUCCAGCAGCAGCAGCUCCACGUCCAGCUCCUCGAACUCCUCGAAGUCGGAGUUGAAUAUGCUGAUCAAGGAGACGAUGCCCCUGCCCAGGAAGCUGGUGAGGGGUCAGGACGUCUGGCUUGGAAAGGGAGCGGAGCAAACCCGCCAGAUUCUGAAGUGCAUGUGGUGCGGCCAGAGCUUCCGAUCUCUGGCCGAGAUGACCAGCCACAUGCAGGAGACGCAGCACUACACCAACAUUAUCUCGCAGGAGCAGAUCAUAUCCUGGAAAUCGGGCGAUGAGCGGGAAAGGCCCUCGAACGACGGAGCACCGCCCGCCUCCACUGCUCCUCCCCCUCCUUCGGCCAGCGGCACAGCUCCCUCUGUCAGCGCCGUGCUCACGUGCAAGGUGUGCGACCAGGCCUUCGGCACCCUCAAGGAGCUGAGCAGCCACAUGGCCCAGCAAUCGCACUACAAGGAGUCGCCCACUUCCUCUGCUUCUCCACCAGCUCUGGGAACCGGAAACUCCAAGAGGGGAAGGCAGAACCGCAACGAGAAACGCAAGAAGUCGCUCCCUGUGCGGAAGCUCCUGGAACUGGAGCGCUCCGGGUCUAACUCCAGCCUCGACUCUGCUCUGAAACCACUUAGAGACUUUGCGGCAGCCACCAAAAUCACAUGCGAGAAGUGUGGCAGCAAGAUUGAGACCGCCCUGUUCGUGGAGCACAUAAGGAAGUGCUUGGGGGAGAGCAUUCCGAUCCCGCCCAGGCGAUCCAACCCGGGAGUGGAGCGUCUGCCCAGUCCCAGUUCAGGGUUGGGAGCGGAGAAGCCACCUUCAGUCCUGAAUGCCCUGGAGCAACUCAUCGAGAAGAGCUUCGAGUCGAGGGCAGGCAGAAACAUGACUCCUGGUGGCUACUCCGAGACUGGAACCCCAUUGGGAGCCAGCAUCCUCAAGCGCUUGGGCAUCGACGACAGCAGUGACUACACGAAGCCUCUGAUGGAUGCCCAGGCGAUGCACCUGCUCCGAUCCUCCUAUGCUUCGCGGGAUCGCAGUGCCAGCGAGUCGAGCUCAGCCAGUAGAGUGGAAUCAUCAUAUACACCUGAUAGGCAGCAGGCUACCCCUCGACGGACUCCAGACACUCCAGCUCCGCCUCCUCCUCCACCACCCACCAUCAAGUCGGAGCCGGCAGAGGCUGAUCCUCCUAUGGGUGGCGAUCGGGAGAGCUGCAGUCCUCGGCAGCAAAUCCAGGUGAAGAAGGAGUUCAGCAUGGAGGCCAGUCGGGAGAGUCCUCGCUCUGCCAGCCAAUCCCCUGCGCCCCAGACCGGGGGAUCUGCUCCAGAUAACGGCAGCCUGCUGGCCCUCAACUCCAUGUUUGACCAGCUGAGUGGCGUGGAGACCAACAACAACAACAAUUCUGGGCACUGCUACAACAACAACAACACAUUGAGCAACAUCUCCGCCAAGAAACCAAAGGCCCAUCCACUGGCUGCCCUGCAGAAGCUGUGCGAGACCACGGAUCCUCCUGCCACGAUCCCACGCAGUGGAUCCUCCUCCGGAUCCGCAUCCGCGGCACUCUCCUCCGCCAACGGCAGCGAUCUGGUGGCCUUCAGCUGGGCCUGCAACGAGGCCGUUCUGAGUGCCAGCAGCGGGGCCUCCGUCGGCGAUUCGUCCAUUAUAAAGUGCUCCUUCUGUGAUACGCCAUUUGGAUCGAAGGGCGCCUACCGCCACCACCUGUCCAAGGUGCACUUUGUGAAGGACGCAGGCGAGGACUCGCCCCGGCUUAAAUCACCGGCCGCCCAAAGUCCCAAGUCGCUACCCAUGGCCUCGCCCAAGAGAUCCGCCUCCAGGAGUCCGGCCACUGGAGCUCAGCUACAGCCUCCUCCGUCGCCUACCAUCAAUCCCUAUGACGAGAGUCCGCAGUCCAAGUUCCUGAAGUACACGGAGCUGGCCAAGCAGUUGUCCUCGAAGAACGCCUAAGGAGCUCCAGCAGGUUCAGUAAUAGAAUUAGAGAGAUGAGGAGUUUAGGAUCAACCUGGAGGCUUAAGAAAUUACAGAGAAGUUACAGAAAUCUUUGAAAAUAGUAAGAGAGGGAGACUGCUAUAAGCAAGCAGAUUUGUUCAAAAUGAAGUUUCUUAAGAAGUCUUUAUUAUUGUAAACUUCAAAAUUUCUUUUGUAAAGUCACUUAAAAGAGGUUUUAACGAUCUGUUUGCUAAGAGAGGUCAGAUUUCAAAAAUACCUUGUAAUUCCCAACUCAAAACUGAGAUUCCGGUAACUCUCUGCAUUGAUUUCUGAUCUGCAUGCUCACUCUCUCUGGAGAGAGAGAUUAGACCAUGCUCUCGCCAAUCUCUUGCAGGCGCGCUCUCUCUCUCUCUCUCCUGUUCUUUCUUGAGCGCUGCACACCCACACUGUCACAGGGAUUUCCCCUACUUUUGCUGAAUUCGCCAAGGAAUUUCCCCAGUCUCUCCUCUCUGAAAUUUGAAUUACCCCUCAGCCGAUGACGUCACGGCGAUGCUGGUCCGCUUUUUAUUGUUUCCCAAUCGGACAGUCGCAGUCGGGCGUGCGAGCGAGAGCGAGAGCGGGCUAGCCAGCUGGAAAUUCAAUUACCACCACUUUGACGAACUGCUGUCCAUCAAGGCAGGCAAUAGCGCGUCGAACAGAGACGGCCAUAGUAACAAAGUGACGAAAGGCGACGACACGAGUUCGUCAAACUGUGAUUGGAUGGGGGCGAGAGAGACGGCCAGAAGCGGCCAGUGGGUGGGGAGAGACCAAGAGAGAGAGUGAGUGGGCGCCACAAUUGAGUGGCAAAUUGGACUUGGAUUUGGAAUCUGAUUUCGAGUGCAAUUGGACUCUGAUUGGAGUGCGGAGUGCACUCGGAGUAAAAGAGUCAAACCUUACUUAUUUAUUAUGCCGCAGUUCCUGGUCAGAGAGAAGAGUAAAAGCGUGCCAAAAACUCGAAAUACUUAAUCGAAUAGGCUAACUAACUAAAUCACUAGUUCUAAGCAAUUACAAACAAACGCAACGCAGUAUACGUAAAACCUAACACUUGAAAAGUUAACCUCAUUGAUGGAUUGUUCGGUGGUGCACUUUGUGGCAGGAGGAGACUUGAAUGGUGCAUACAGAUACAUAUAUAUAGCCCCCUUAGAUAUAUGUAAAUACUUAGCCAAUAGCACUUUCCUUCCAUAUGUCUAAAGAUUAUCAAUAUUUACAUAAAGAUAUAGACGGUCGAUCGAAUCAAAAUGUAGCCACAGCAACGCAUGUAUACGGAAACAAUUUUAAAACUAAACUAUAUAUAUAUAUACACCUACUAUAUACACAGCAUGUAUACCGGCAACUCCAGUCUCAGCCUAACUAAGAUUCUUGAUUAUGUAACCUAAGAUCUAAGCCUAAGAAGGAGGGGAGAACUUGCAGAAUGUAAAACAUUUCAUCAUUAUCAGCAACCAUUAUUAUCGGUCUAAUCUGUAUCUAUGAUAAUGGCAACUAUGUAUACGACUUGUAUUUGAGUUUUUGUGAUAUUAUUUUUAAAUCGAAACCGUUUGCUUCCUUUUUCCCCGCCAAUGAGAUCCCCUUUCCUUAUCCUGUAACCCACUCCCGCCCCUCUCCCUUAGAUGUAAGUGUAAGUUAUAUAAUUGCAAUAAAGGCGCAGCAUCCAAAAUACACCUUACAUGAUUUUCUCUCUAAAUCUGGUCUUGAUCUAAUUGAAAACUUUGAUUCCAAAUUAGUGCGCCAUCUGUCGUUCGAAGGGAAAUUACCCAGUAAUAGAAAGCAAACGAAGAGUUCAAUAAAAAGUUGUAUGUUUCCGAUUAAAAA